AUGAGGAGCCGCAGCAACUCGGGGGUACGCCUGGACGGCUACGCCCGCCUGGUCCAGCGAACCAUCCUCUGCCACCAGAAUCCAGUUACAGGGCUGCUUUCAGCUGGUACAGACCAUAAGGAUGCUUGGGUACGGGACAACAUCUACAGUAUCUUGGCCGUGUGGGGGCUGGGAAUGGCGUAUCGGAAGAAUGCAGACCGGGAUGAGGAUAAGGCUAAAGCCUAUGAACUGGAGCAGAACGUUGUGAAGCUGAUGAGGGGACUUUUACAGUGCAUGAUGAGACAGGUUGAUAAGGUAGAGAAGUUCAAAAGCACACAGAGUACAAAAGACUGCCUACACGCCAAAUAUAACUCUGCAACUUGUGCCACUGUUGUUGGGGAUGAUCAAUGGGGCCAUCUACAAGUGGAUGCAACUUCCCUUUACCUGCUCUUCUUGGCACAGAUGACUGCAUCAGGGUUACGUAUUAUCUUCACCCUUGAUGAAGUUGCCUUCAUUCAGAAUCUUGUGUUUUACAUAGAAGCUGCCUACAAAGUUGCUGAUUAUGGGAUUUGGGAACGUGGCGAUAAGACAAACCAGGGCAUCCCUGAACUGAACGCGAGCUCCGUAGGGAUGGCCAAAGCUGCUUUGGAAGCAAUUGAUGAACUAGAUCUUUUUGGAGCUCAUGGAGGACACAAAUCAGUGAUUCAUGUUCUUCCUGAUGAAGUAGAACACUGCCAGUCUAUUCUAUACUCCAUGCUGCCAAGGGCAUCCACGUCAAAAGAGAUAGAUGCUGGCCUUCUCUCUAUCAUUUCUUACCCGGCUUUUGCAGUGGAGGAUCUAAACCUUGUUAAUGUGACUAAGAGUGAAAUCAUAUCCAAACUACAGGGCCGCUAUGGCUGUUGUCGCUUUCUCCGAGAUGGUUACAAGACACCCAGAGAGGAUCCAACCAGGCUGCACUAUGAUCCUGCUGAGCUCAAGCUCUUUGAGAAUAUUGAAUGUGAGUGGCCAGUAUUCUGGACAUAUUUCCUUAUUGAUGGAGUAUUUAAUGAGGACAAAAUUCAGGUACAAGAGUAUAGAGAGGCUCUAGAAGGAAUACUUAUUAGAGAGAAGAAUGGAAUAGUUUUAAUGCCUGAACUGUAUGCAGUCCCUGCAGAAAAGGUGGAUGAGGAGUAUGAAAAUCCUCACUCUGUAGAUCGUAUCCCGGUGGGAAAGUUGCCUCAUCUUUGGGGACAAUCAUUGUAUGUCCUUAGCUGCCUGCUAGCAGAGGGAUUCCUUGCUCCAGGUGAAAUUGAUCCCUUAAACAGGAGAUUUUCCACUGGAUUUAAACCUGAUGUUGUGGUACAAGUAGCUGUUUUGGCAGAAUCUAAUCAAAUUAAGAAUCUGUUGCAAGAACAUGGAAUCAGUGUUCAGAGUAUUGCUGAUAUCUAUCCUCUCAGAGUGCAGCCAGCUCGCAUCCUGAGUAACCUGUACACCAUGCUGGGCCAGAACAAGAACAUGAAAUUAAGUGGACGGCCACACCGGCACAUUGGAGUGUUAGGCACCUCCAAGCUGUACAUGAUAAGAAAUCAAAUAUUUACUUUUACCCCUCAGUUUACUGACCAGCAUCACUUCUACCUGGCUCUAGACAAUCAGAUGAUUGUGGAGAUGCUCAAGACAGAGCUGGCUUACCUCACUUCUUGUUGGAGGAUGACAGGGAGACCAACCCUGACAUUUCCCAUUACCCACACAAUGCUUGUUGAUGAUGGUACUGACAUUCAUCCAGCAGUUCUUGCCACUAUAAGAAAAUUAGAGGAUGGCUAUUUUGGAGGUGCAAGGGUGAAGAUAGGCAAGCUGUCAGAGUUUCUUACCACCUCUUUUCAUACCCAUUUGAGCUUCCUGGAUCCAGACUGUGAUGUAAAACUGUUUGAUGACCCAGAUGAAGGCCGUGAUAGUCCUGACAGUGAAUGUGGAGGCUAUUCAGCAGACUUCUGUGAAAAAGAAAGCCAGGAUGAGCUGGAUCAGUAUAUAAAUGAAAUCCUGCAGAGUACAGCACUGAAAUCAUACCUGCCUCCAACUUCAAAGACUGCAAAUCAAUCACCUGUGUUCAGUGCAAGCCAUUCUACAAAAGAGAUAUUGUCAAUAAUGGCCAAGACAAAGGGCUUGGAGGUUCCAGCUGCAUCUAUGACUCUUCCCACUAAAGUUCUCAACACUCACCGGAAGUCUCUGAAUCUUGUUGAUAAUCCUCAUUUCUUUGAAACAAAGGACUGUGAAAAUUUUCUGCACUUGCCUAAAGAUGCUCAUGGUGAUUUGGAUUGCAGGAAACUUGUUGAACAGCUGAAGGAAUGCCCAACACUCCAUGAUCAAGCAGAUAUUUUAUAUAUCUUGCACAUACUAAAAGGUGCUGACUGGGACACAGAGCUGGAUGGGCAGUGUGGGGUCACUGUUCAUUGCCUUCUCAAUGAGCUCUACAGAGAGGCAGGCCUCAACCAGGAGUGGGGCUUGAUCCGAUACAUUUCUGGUAUACUCAAAAAGAGAGUGGAGGUCCUGGCUGAGGCAUGCACAGACCUUCUGUCACACCACAAGCAACUUACAGUGGGCCUGCCACCAGAACCCCGGGAAAAAAUCAUUACCACCCCCCUGCCUCCAGAGGAGCUCACAGAUCUUAUUUAUGAAGCAAGUGGCCAAGACAUAAGCAUUGCAGUCCUGACACAGGAAAUAAUAAUGUACUUGGCGAUGUAUGUGCGGUCCCAGCCCAGUCUCUUUGUGGAGAUGCUCAGGCUCCGCAUUGGUCUGAUCAUUCAGGUGAUGGCCACUGAGCUGGCUCGGAGUCUAAAAUGCUCAGGUGAAGAAGCUUCAGAGAGUUUGAUGAAUCUGAGUCCCUUUGAUAUGAAAAAUCUCCUACACCAUAUUCUCAGUGGAAAAGAGUUUGGUGUGGAAAGAAGCUUGCGGCCUGUAGAUUCCUCUUCAUCGAGCCCUGCAAUUUCUAUUCAUGAAAUGGGUCAUUCUGGAGCAACCAAAACAGAAAGAAGUGGUAUUACUAAAUUGAAGAGUGAGAUAAAGCAGAGGAGCAGCACUCCAUCAUCUCCCACCAGUACUUCUCCCAGUGGCUCCAGGGGAGAGACAAGCUGGGGGGACCGCAAAGGGCAGUGGCUGCGCAGGAGGAGGCUGGAUGGUGCUAUCAACAGAGUCCCUGUUGGCUUUUAUGAGAAAGUGUGGAAAAUUCUCCAGAAGUGCCACGGUCUGUCCAUUGAUGGAUAUGUCCUUCCUUCUUCAACCACCAAAGAGAUGACCCCGUGCGAAAUCAAGUUCGCUGUGCACGUGGAGUCGGUGCUGAACCACGUCCCCCAGCCUGAGUACAGGCAGCUCCUGGUGGAAGCUAUUCUUGUCCUCACUUUCCUCUCUGACAUCGAGGUGAACAGCAUUGGGGGCAUCAUCCACGUGGAUCGAAUCUUGCACGUGGCCAACGACCUGUUCCUGCAGGAGCUGAAAUCCUUUGGGGCUACAGGUAGCAUCUUGGAGAAAGACGCGGCCACGGGAAUUUGCCACUUUUUCUAUGACAGUGCUCCCAGUGGGGCCUAUGGCACCAUGACGUACCUGACAAAAGCUGUGAUUAUUUAUCUGCACGAUUUCCUGCCUAGCACAGGCUGUGCGAUGCAGUAGGCGAUGCCUGGUGUGGGAGGGAAGGCUCAGAAGCUCUCUCUCCCCAUUUCCCUGUCACCAACCCUCUUGUUUGGCUGCUGCAUGUGUGUGUACUGUGUGCUACCUCAGCCUGCUGCACCAGUUGUCAUGUUAGGUGCACACCUACCUGAGGGGGACAGGUAGGUGGGGUUUGACCUGGUUUUAGGGGAGUGUGUGAGAAAUAACAAAUCAUGAGGCUUACGCUGCCCGUAGUGCAUAAAUGUAAUUCAUAAUAAAUUAGCAAGAAUUACACAGUUCUGCCAAGGGGAAGACGGAUCACUCUGCAGAGAUCAAAAGGCAUAAUAAAACGAGGGAGCUCUGUCUCAGGGAUAAAGUCUCCCAAAUAAGGGAAGUAAUGGAAUUCAUUAAUUUUUCUCAUGCUGUGUGUAAAUGUACAUUGUUGUGAAUCACUAAUGCAUAGCGUGAAAUGUCCCGGGAAAUGUAAAUUAGAGGAAAAAGGAAUUACUUCAAAUAACCAGGUGAUAUUUCUAAUACACAUUUAUCCUGGUUCCCAACUCGUUUGCACCUAGUCAGUUCAGGGCUAACACCAGUAGAGACAAAUGUCUUGAAAUACCUGCUAAUUUCAGAUGAUGGGCUCUCUCAGGAAGCUGCAUCUCUCUUUAAUCUGAACAAAACAGCUUCCUUCCCUGCAGCCCCGCCCCCCCCCCCCCCCCCCCCCCGGCUUUGGAGGCAAAAUCUCAAGACCAGCUUCUCCAAGGUGACAGUUUUAUGCCUGUAAUCCUUUCUUCUGAAUGGAGCAAGAUAAACCCCUUCCACUCCAGCACCCUUUCCAAACCUCCCAAUCCUUUCCCUUGCUAUCAGUCUUAUAGCAUUGAAUGGCAUUAAUUGCCACCCUUCUAACACAACACAAGAUAUGGAACAUCCAUGUUCCCUCCUUCCUUCCCCCCCCUCUUUCCUUUUUUUUUUUUAAUUUUUCCUUUUUAAAGUUGCACUUGUGGCAUGUUGUUAGGGAUGGGCUGCCUGGAAGCCUCCCUUCAGUCAGCUCCCAGAUUAGUGCCUGCACCUUGAAUCUGCCCACUAGAAACCAAUUUCUGUGGCUGUUCUGAGUUGCUGCAACGAGAAUAGGUGUGUCCUGCAGGGAAAUGUCUCUGUGGCCACAUAAACUGAAAGCCAGAGGUAGGUACUUCAGGAAGGAAAAACCCUGCUUUACCCAAGGUGCCAGCUGCAGUUUUCCUUCUGUUGGCAGUGGUGGUUUUGCCACCAUCCACAGUGCAUCUAGGUGACAGCUUAGGAAGCCACUGCAGCUUUAGCCUCUCCCGUGGCUGUGGGCACUCUCAGCAGCACUGGCUGUGCUGGCACUGCUGCCCUCUGAGCAGAGAGGAUCAGAGAAGUUUUGCCUUGCCAGGUAGAAGGGAAAAACAGCAUUUAUGAGCUGCAAAAAGUAUUUUCUGUGCUGAUAGGCCUGAUCAGUGUGUUUCUUUGAGACCCCCCCCUUCUGCUCUUUCAAACUAAGACUGCCCUUUUUACAGAAUAUACAUUUUUUUUUCCUUACAAAAAAAGCACCAGGUAGCACCUGGUGCUUUUGAGAAUGAGGUCUUUGGUUCUAGUUUUUUAAAGAUAUCUGAAAUACCUUGCUGAAAGGUAAGAAGUAAACCCCUGUCUCAUCUGCCAGGUCCCAGCACCCAUGGUCCUGCUGAUGGUAAACUCCUUGUGGGAGUGCCCUUCCACGUGCUGUCCCUCUUGGAUUUGCUGCUGCAGUCACAAUUUCCUGUUGCUGGCUUAAGACAGUGAAGCUGUGGGAGGCCUUCAGAGGCAACUUAAUGUUUUUGCAUAGACCAUGGGAGUUUGGCAGCCCAAGGGCCUAGGAGGAAUCCCUGGAUGAUCCAGGACAGGUAUAUACUCUGUUAGCCACCAUGGAAACUGUGGGCCUGUGGAGAGGCUAGUGGAGAGAUGUGGUGCAGAUACAUUAGCACUUGGAUGUAGAAGUAAUUUUAUUGGUAUGGUGCCAUAUGGUUGUAUAGGGGUUUGUCUUUCCCCUUUUCACAUGUACUGUGAGAGAACACUUAGCUUGUUUCCCAGCAAAUGCAAGUAAAGUCCUUUGUCUAGUUUAAGCAGACAAAUGUGGCAGUGCAGAGCGUAAGCAGAGAGAGCUUGUGUGAUGUUAUUUUGUUCUAUUCAGUAUUUUACAGAAAGGCAGUAGUAGCAGCUAUUUUGCUUCUCUUGCUGAAUCCUAGAUUCUGAGAAAUGCAAGAUGACUUUCCCUCAGUCAUAUUUUUUUAAAAAAAACCUGUGGUGUGAUCUUGUUUUCAGAAGCAGGAAGGGUGAUGUAGUUGCUUUACAAACAAGCACCUGCAGUGAAAUCUAAAACAAUGGAGCCUAUGGCAAGACAUACCUG